CAAGGGCCCAACCAACCCCCGCACUUUUCACUUUCCCUUUUUCUAGAAGACGAUCCCUUUGCGGAAUCCCUAAAAUAAGCCUUAGCCUUUCUCAGCCCUCAACUCCCAAUCUCUUUCUUGGCUCUUCUUUUAUUCCUAUCCCUUCUUUUCCACAAUUCACGCUUUUAGUUCGUUCCUCCAUCAGUUUCAGUUCUCAAGUACCCUUUUUUCCCAGCUGGGUUGUGAAGAAAUCUCUCAUUUUUUUCAAAGGGAAUCUGUUUACUUUUGGUGUUUGACAUCUGGGUCUUGCCUAAUUUGGAGCUUGGUUUUUUUGGGUGUGAUAAGCUGAGUCUGUUUAUGUCGGUUCAGGUUUUAGAAGCCUGGCCUGCUUCUGGGUUUUCUGGAAUUUGAUCUAUUAUCAGAAAGGAGAAGGCUUUUAGCUAGCUGGGAUUUUGUUAGAUCCCUUUUGGUAUUCUCGUUUUAGCGAGCACAAUUUCAACAAAAGAGCUGUUUUUGGUGCAUGGGUUUGAACAAGUUUGAGUUUUUGAGGGUGGGUUUUGGGAAUUUAAAGUAAGAAUAGAUUUUUGGACUUGGUGUUGGUGUUGAAAAUGAAGAGAGGGAACGAAGAAAAGGUUAUGGGACCUAUGUUCCCAAGACUCCAUGUGAAUGAUGCAGAUAAAGGAGGGCCAAGAGCACCUCCAAGGAAUAAGAUGGCGCUCUAUGAACAGCUCAGUAUCCCUUCUCAGAGGUUCAACCCUGUGGUGAUGCCUCUUAAUCCAAAUAGCACUAGCAGUGUGGUUCCCUCAGCUUUCUCGAGCCAGGGGAGUCGUUCUGAAGGAAAUUUGCCUGUUCCGCUUCAUGUUCGUCCAUCUACACCUACUCGUCAGGCUGAGAUGUUUCAUGCUCGUCAAUCUGAUGGAGCAAAUGAGAACACGCCCUUGACACAACCCGACCAAAGAAAGAAGGUUGGAGAGGAGGAUGAUUUUAGGGUGCCUGUAUUUGUUCAAUCAAGGAUGGGUCUUUGUCAUAGUAAAACUCAAAUUGGUAUUGAUAAGGAAAAACUUGCUCCAAUCGGCCCAUCUCAUUCUGGCCAUACACAUUCUGGCCAUACAGUGAAACUAAAAAAUGUGGGCAAGAACGAUCCAAAACAAUUAAGCUCCCCAACUACUUUCAAUUUGAGACGAGAAUUGAGAAGUGAAAGAGAAGAGGAUCUAAUAAAAGUGAGUGGCCCGGCUAGGGACCAUUCAGCAAAAUCUGCUACAAAAAUAUCAUGUAGACAAAAGAUUGAUGGGCCUGCAGAAGAAGUAAGUGCAUCUCCAAAUCAAGAGUAUGCAGACUGCCCUGUUCCUAGAUUCAGCAGGUUAUCUGAGAGUGAUGCUUGCUUACAACAAGAGUCUAGAUCUGGAUCACAGCCAAACAUCACUGGGCAAGGUGAUGGUCUUGUCGAAUGUACAAGAGAUGCAGAGAAGGGAGCUGUUUUCCAGGAAAGAAGUCUGUCUUAUUCUGGGGAGGAUCCUGGUGGUCCCAAUGAACUUGAUAAUGACAGUGAAUACCAUGGAGAUAGAACGUGUAUUUCACCUCAAAUGGGACAUGUAGACAAAAGUGAUGAUGUCUCAGAGACCUCCAUGGUGGAUUCUGUAUCUGGCUUGGACAUCUCUCCCGAUGACGUUGUCGGAAUAAUAGGUCAGAAACAUUUCUGGAAGGCAAGAAAAGCAAUCGUCAAUCAGCAAAGAUUGUUUGCAGUGCAAGUAUUUGAGUUGCAUAGGCUCAUUAAGGUUCAACGACUGAUUGCUGGGGCUCCUAAUCUUUUGCUUGAAGAUACUGCUUUCCUAGGCACAUCUUCUUUAAGGGGUUCUCCUGCAAAGAAACUUUCGUCAGAGUAUGUUGUAAAGCCACUACUACGUGUUGUAAAGCGCAAACAUGAACCUGAGAAGCCAAACAACAAAAUUGAAUGUUCCGCAGAAAAUGCAGUUGGGAAAACAUCUCUUUCUUCUGUGAAAAAUGGUAGUCAGACUUCAAAUUAUGGGCCAUAUGUAGGGAACCCACAGCCAACACCUGUCGGUACUGAUAAUAAAGCCAGUCCUUGGUGUUUCCAUCAAUCACCUGGACACCAGUUGUUAAUUCCUGUAAUGUCUCCCUCUGAAGGACUUGUAUAUAAGCCGUAUCAUGGACCUGGAUUUGUGGGACCGGUUUGUGGAGGAUGUGGACCGUUCAACUCAACUCCCAUGACUGGUAACUUUGUUAAGCCAAACUAUGGGGUUCCAGCUUCUCAUCAUCAUCAAGGGACGGGGGUUCUUCCUGUCCCUCCUCCAUUAGGCCAUACUUACUUUCCUCCAUAUGGCAUGUCCGUUAUGAAUCCAGCCAUGCCAAGCUCAGGCGUUGAACAAAUGCAUUGGUUUGCCGGACCUGGUUCACAUGGUCAAAUCGAUCAGUUAUCAGGAGGGGGAACAAACUCUAAUGUGCAGCAUCAAAGCUCAUGCAAUAUGCCAUCCCAGAAAAGUGGAGCUAUUCCUCAUGCCAUGAUGUUUCAGGCAUCUAACGACAGUGAGCUACAAGGAAGUACCACAAAUAGUCCAGGUGACAGAGCACGAUUGGGGACAGAUCGAAAUGCUGAAGGAAGUGAUGCUCUUCAACUUUUUCCCAUGUCUCCGGUAAUUCCAGGAGGAGUUGCCCAACCUCAUGAUUCAGGCCAGCCAACACGAGCGAUUAGAGUUGUGCCGCACAAUCCAAGAACUGCAACUGCAUCGGCUGCUCGUAUUUUCCAAUCUAUACAAGAAGAGAGAAAACAGCAUGAUUCGAUCUAGCUGAUUUUCUCUCAUUGGCUUGCAAAUGAUAUUGGUCUCAUCCAAGUUGGUGUGGCCUGGUCUUUUCCGCUGUACCAUUUUGGUAUGAUAUUCUGUAAUGGGGUUUUCCUUAUUUCUUGAUCUUGUGAUUGUAUAUUCUUCGUAUAUGUACAUCUUGUAUGCCUAUGGAAUACCACAACCAGAGCAGUGUAAUCUGAAUAUGCGAUAUUUCCCCUCAUGUAUUGUGUUAUUGGGCAUAGGUAGCAACUAUUUGAGUAAUAGGAGUAAUUGCCUUUUUUGAAUA